UCUAAAGCUUUUCACUUCUUACGGUCCUUCAAACUUGACUUUUUCUCAGAACUAAAAUCAAUUCUUUAUUUGCAGGCUGCAGCCAAAAUUAUGAUGAAGAAGAAAAAGAAUGAGCACUCUCUUGGGGCCCAUGUCAUGGAAAAAGGACGACCUGUGAAGAAACCCAAAGAGGGCUGCUGUUAUUGCCUGUGGAUAUGAAUGGUUUCAGAUUUUUAACCGUCUCAGUUGCACCUCAUCCCUGCUCAGACCAUUUCAGGCAGACCUACAUCAGCAGCUUCCAUGGCAGUUGGAUAGUUUUUCAAUCCAGACGAAGGAAAGUUGGAUGUCUCUCCUUGGUUCAUGCUUCAAUCAUCUUAUUCUCACAAGGAAAUGUUUGUGAAAGAUCGGACCAUCCUCUUGCUUUAAAUUUGUCUUUCAGCAUUAGCUUAGGCCUUCUUCCUGCUACAUUGUCUUUGAAGAUUGCGGGAUGUGGAAUAAAAUAUUCUGGACUUCAAGAUGAGGAGACAGAAGAUGUUGAAAGUAAUACUAUUGAGUUUCUUUUUUUUUUUUUUUGAUGAAAAAAGUAAUAUAUUACAAUAGUAUAAAGUAAUACUAUUGACUUAUUUCGUUUAGAAGCCCAAUAUUUAUUCAUUUCUCUUCUUUUUUCCUUGAAGUUCCUCAUGUAGCAUUUUGAUUCAUUUUUAUCCUUCAUGCUUAUGGCUUAAAAGAUUAUAAUGUUUUACUAUGUUGCAAAAGAAUGUCAACUACAUAUUACCCAUUUGGGAUUUUAUAAAAGCCAUUGGUCUUUUAA